AUCAAAAUAGGAGAAUCUACACCGAAAAAGAAAAAAAAGGGUAAAUAAAAAAUGAGGAAAACUUGAAGAACUCGUACCAAAUUUAUGAGAAACAUCACAUUAGACUGUUGAGAAGACACCAUUUGCAAACCGCGAUUCUACAUACGCUUCUCUCCAUCUUCCUCCUUCAGUAUGUUUCCUGAAAUCUACAGAGAUGAAAGGUGUAGCAGCGGUUUAGCACCAUCCUCUUUUACUUCACAGAUGAAAAUGGCUUCAGAGUCAGACGCAGAAGGAGGAGGUCACAGUGACCCAUCAAAUGUAUGGACUUUUGGGGCCCUCAAGCCUCCCUCCAAACAAAGAAACACAGGAAUUUUCCCAAAAAAUAGAACUUGGGAGAAACUGCAAAAACUUUUUAUCAGUUAGUUAUCUGGGUCCAAGAAUUCUGGGCUCGUCGUAAUUGUGAGAGUGAAUCUUUUGAAAGUUGAUGAUGAUGCCAGAAAUCUUCUUGAGCACAUGGGUUCCAAUAAUCCAGGGUCGAAGGCUAUUGGCAUUGUUUCAGAGUACCAUAAAUGGAUGUCCAAUGGUUGAAGAAGCGGAUAUUGAUGGGGCCAACGCCGCUCCAUUUGUUCUCCAGAACACAAUUUUCAGGCUAAUCUCUUCAUGCACUGGGAGGCCCGUCCUUGUCAUUAUGUGCUCAUGUCUAAGUAAAUCCACCAAGAUUACCUUAAAUGGGUGAAAUUUAUUAAGUUACUUUAUAAAUGGCCUUCUUAGGGUUAAUAGUGCUCUAUUGGAGCAUCAGUCGGGAUUGACAUUAUGGAGGCGGAGGUCCUGUAAAUGUUUUCACUGCUCGGUUGCUUGAAGGAGAUGCAAUUGGUAAUGUUCUAUUGCUUUUCUUUUUUGAAUGUCUUUUUUGAAUGUGAGUCUUGCAUUCUGCCUUCUGUCACUACUUCCACCGAUCUUUACCAGUUUGGCGUUUUUUGAUGGCCAUGGGAGAAAUCCAAGAAGAGAAAUUGCAAAUUUUGAUUGCUCUUAGAUAGCCUUUUUAUGUUUUUGUAUAUUGAAAAACCCUUUCUUGCUGCCAUCAUCAGGAUAGAAAGGGAUUGAAGGUUUACCCCUGAUUAAUCAUUUUUAGUAGAUCAGUUGCACGGAUAUCAGCUUUGAAUCGAGGUAGGUUGGUGGUAGGCAAGUCCAACUAAAAGGGAAAAGUAUUGCUAAUACUAAUAAAAAAUAUAAGACUAAGAAAAUAUUUUUAGCCCUUUUCAAAGGAAUAUCAACUUCAUUGAUUUUUUAUUCUUUUUUUUAUCAAAUGGUGCUUUUUCUCUUUAUUUGAUUUUCUCCUAUCAUUUAGUUGUGGUUGUCAUCCAUUUGUGAUAUUGAUGUGUUAAGAUUUGGUCACUUUGAGAAGCUUGUUGUGGUUGGUACAGAAUUGAUGGAUUUGUACUAGACUUGGAACUAGUUCAUUGACAUCAAUAAUGUUAUGAGUGAUACAAAAAGAGGAAUUGUGUUGGUAUCAGAUCCUCAAGCACACUGGCUUGAUAUUAUAGCUAAACCCAGAGUAAUAAUACAUUGGCGUCUGAUCCAACUAUGUUGUGAGUGAUAAAAAAGAGAGGAAUUGUGUUGGUAUCAGAUCUUCAAGCACACUGGCUUGAUAUUAUAGCUAAACCCAGAGUCAUAAUACAUUUGGCGUCUGAUCCAAGUCCCAACACCCGACUGCUUACUAGAUUGUAAAACAGUUGGUACCCAAGGGGAGAAGUCGAAUUACGGAAGAAGGGAGAAAUUGGAUACUCUAAUUUGGUUAGAAAUUAGAAUAUCCAAAGAUUGUAGGGUUCGGCGGGGGCCCCCUGUUUCAAAUCCAAGUCCAUGAAGCGGGAUUGGAGGAUUUCUGGGUAUCAAAAUAAGAAUUGGUUAGAAAUUUUUCUUGUAGAAAAAAUAGUUCAAUUGAUUUAGCAAUAUUAUGAAGAAAUAUACAAAAUAGGAACAAGAACUUGUGCUUUGUACAAAUAUGUAGCCCAUCAUUCUGUAUAUAUUUUUCUUCAUCUGUCCUUUUUUUGGAAAAUUUGAAAUAUAUGGUGGUGGUAGUGGUUGCUUUGCAAUGAUGUGCACUAAUAAAUGCAUAAAUAGGUUGCAUAUUGUUCUUUUAGUAUAUGUAUUUUACUAGAAUUGGAAUAGAAAGUGGCCUAAUAUUCUAUCUUCUUUUAGGAGAUUGAAUUACUAAUAAGAAAUUUAGCUGAUGAAAGUUCACAUAAUUACUAAUAAAUUAUUUUGCAGAGUAAGAUGAUAGGGUUUACUUUUUUGGUUCGUAUUUAUUGUGGAACUCACAUGUCUCAGUUGAGUGAUACUUGAAUUUGUUUUUCUAUCGCAUUUUAAAAUCUAAGAUCAGGUAGCAUCAGUUUAAAGAAAAUUUUCAGAUUUUUGCUUGGUGAUUAUAAUGAAAAUCAGUUCUUGAAAGAUGUGAUAGUUUCCUAUCUAAGAGAAGGCAAAGAUAGAGAGUAUGUAAGAGAAUAUGAUUUUGCAGUGGAUGAACGAUGCACUUAAGUGGUCAUGUGGCCCACUUAUUAAAAGGUCCAGGGACAUAGUUUAGCUCUAUGAAAAUUGUUUUCAAUUUGGCUAAACAAAAGUGUCGUUUAAAACAUUUUAGCAUGAAAUGAAAACAGGUUUUCAAAGAAUUUAACUGAAAUAUGAAAAUAUUUUCCAUUUCAGAAACAAAGAGUAUUGCUGAGAAAUGGUUAUGUGAGAUUUCACCCAAUUUCUGUUUCUCUUUACAUUUCUGUAUUGUUUGUCGCUUGAUUUUUGAGUAUAUACCAGUAACCCUUUACCCUUUUACUGAAACUAAUUCUAUUUGUGGUGUCUCAUGGCAUUUCGGUUUCUCUCUUCUUUUUUUUUCUGUCACUUUUAUUUUCCAAGAUUACAUAUAUUGUACAUGAAUAUCUAAUAGCUUUCCUGAACUUUCCAUGUUUCAUCGCUAAUAUUUAUCACUUGAUUUGUGGAACAGUAGGGGACAUUCAAUUGAGUUACGUUGUAUUGUAGAAGUUUGUAUCUCAUAGAGGUGAUUGUGGAAAUAACAAAUAACAAUUGCAAUUAUGUGGAGAGGUGAACGUAGGAGUGCACGAAUACUUGAACUGGAAGCAAAAAAGACUCAGAAUAAGGGCAAGGUGACAUGUGAUGCAGCCAGGGAUGUUGUUACUGAAGAUUCCAACCUGACGCAGAGAAAAAAAAAGGUUAAGAGUACACCCGUCCAGGAUCUGGUUGCAAAUACAGUUGAGUAUCAACUGAAAAAAGAGGCUGGUAAUUCGAGCAACGAAGACCAUUGUACAAAUGACGUUUCCUUGUCAUCUGGUACUGUGUUACCAGAAAGAAGGAAGCUGGAACUGCUGCUUGGUAUAUUGAAAAGGAGAGACUCACACAAUCUAUUUGCAGAGGCAGUAAAUCCAGAAGAGGUUAAAGACUACUAUGAUAUCAUUAAAGAGCCAAUGGAUUUCGGCACGAUUUCAGCAAAACUCAAUGGACAAAGCUACAGAACACUUGAAGAAUUCGAGCAUGAUGUGUUUUUGGUAUGGAACAACGCAAUGCUUUUCAACUUGUCAACAACCACCUAUUAUAGACAGGCUUGUGCUAUAAGAGACCUAGCGGAGCGGUUGUUUGAUGCUUUGAAAAAUGACCCUGAGAACUUUGAAAGUAGCCAUUCCAUGAUAAGACUGAGAGCCACUAAGAGGGCUAAGACUGAAGUGAACAUUCAGAAUAGUUCUCACAGGUCAACAAAUGGGAUGGCUUCAAAGGGCUGUAGAGGUGAAAGAAGUUCUGAGCAUUCUGAAGUAGAUCAACAUGAAACCUACAGGCCUCUGAAUACACUCCCCACUGCGAAUGAGUCAAUUGAGUCUACAGUCUAUUGCAGCUCAAAACAACUUGUGCAGACUAAGCAGAAUAGUAUUGGAUACCAAGAAAACUUGAUGCAGUUUGUUGGGCCAACAGCUCAAAUGGUUGCGGAGCACAAUUCCACAAAAGGUGCUGAAGAUCUUAAUCCUCACAAUGCAACUUCCAACUUUCAGUGCCAAGCUCCAUAUCAAAUUCUUAAUGUGGCAUCAUCUCAAAUGGUUGGGCCAACAGCUCAAAUGGUUGCCGAACACAAUUCGGGAAAAGGUGCUGAAGAUCUUAAUCCUCAUAAUGUGACUUCAAACUAUCAGCGUCGAGCUCUAGGUCAAAUGCUUAACAUGUCAUCACCUCAAAUGGUUGGGCCAACAGCUCAAAUGGUUGCUGAGAAGAAUUCAGACUUGAUUUGGCAGCAGUUCAAAAACAUUACCGAUCUUCAAACUGAAGAUCUUAAUCCUGAUAAUGCAACUUCAAACUUCCAGUGUCGAGCUCGAGCUUUAGGCCAAAUUCAUAAUGUGGCAUCAAUUAAUUCUUACCCCACCAAUCCCUUAUCUGGGAGUUCCUCCUCUAUGAACUCCUUAUUUGGAGAUGGUAAAGGCAAGAAUGUGUUGAUAGCUGAUGUGCAUGCCUCCGAUAUAAGGAGGGAAAUUGAGAAGAUUCAUGGUCCAUGGCCAUUUUGGUCUGCAGCGCGGCUUCCCCAGUUUGUUUCUGGACCAAGUCAGAGUCCAGCCCUGGGCCCAAGUUAUCUUGGAGGUGGAGCACAUCAGUUUCAACCAGUGGCUGGUAGAGGAAGCACACACUAUGGAAGCAAUGUCGAGCAGGCAAGCCAAGGUUUGAAUUUGUUUAGGCCAACAGAGUUAGGACCACAGCAACCUUUCUUCAACAAGCUAUUUGAGCAGCAGAGUCAGAAUACGUCAACCUCUGGAACCAGCAGAAGUGCUAUAGAGUUAUCAGACAUAGAUGAAUGGUUAAGUGUUGGUCGUCGUCGAGACGGAUCAUCAAACACCCGAGAUCCUCCAGCAAGCUCUCAGGGGCAAGCUGCCACAGCGGGAACUGACAACUUCCCAUGGACUCUUCGCCUCUGAGGCAGGCUUUAUGAGUACUUUACAUGAAUAAACAUGUUUUCCGUAGUAUCGUAUGUUUCUUUCCUCAGAACAUGAGACCUUAUUGCUAUCCUUUGCUUUUAUGAACUAAUGGUGUGAUGAAGUUGCUUUUGUUUUUGGUUUUUCCUAUAAAAUCCAUGUCCUGCUGCUUCCAAUUGUGAACUUUU